UUUUUUCUACAGUUUUUUAUUGUCAACAAUCAAAGAAUCGAACGAGUUCACGAACUUUAAGUCGGCAAAACCAGAAAAUCGCCAUAAAUUCAAGUAGAAAAAUAAAUGCCCUGCCUGCGCUGCAAGCGAAAACGCUGCUUAUAGCGGAUCAUGUUCGACGCUGCAAAUACAUGUCGUGCUUGUAUCAAAAGUAACGUAACUUUAAUUGCCCUCUUCGAACCAUGGCACCUUGACCACGACGGCGAUGGGUCACUGGGCAGCGCGGGCCAGCUCGCUGACGCACUGACGCUCUGCACCACCGCUCUGGUGGCUAAAGAAGAUGGUUUACCACAAAGUUUGUGUCAAGAUUGUAUACAGAAAUUAGAAAUAGCAUAUUCAUUUAGAACACAAGUGCUGAAGUCAGAAUUUGAACUAAGGAAAUCAUUCCUGCUCCAAAGUAGCAUAAAAAAUGAACCAACAGAUAUAAAAGCUGAAGAAUCUGAAACAUUGGAUGAUUAUACAACAGAUUUUGAUUUUAUUCAAGAUGAAUCACCGAAAGUGGAAAUAUCCUGUAAUGAUGAGGGUGAUACCUGUCUGCAGGAUAGCACCAAAACAUUUGAAUGUCAUAAAUGUGAAAAACAGUACAAAUCUGAGGCAAGAUUUAUAAAGCAUCUUAGCUCACAUGAAAAACAAAAAUUCGAGUGUAAAAAGUGUAAUAAAAGUUUUAGAAAACAAAGCACUCUAGACCGCCACACUGUGAAGCAUGAAUCUGAACAUGAGGCUCAUGUGUGCACUCUCUGCAACCAAUCAUACUCCCAGGAAUCUCAACUAGUAGACCAUAUGCUCACACACACAGACAACAUAGAGGUUAAGACUGAAAAUGAAAGUACAGAAAACAAGCAUAAAUGUCCUGAGUGUAACUUAGAAUUUACAAAACUUAGAUCUCUUUCCAGUCACUUGAAGAAGCAUAACACUACUAGUAAUAAACACUUUGAAUGCAAUGAAUGUAAUAUUGUAUUUUCUAAGAAGAAUUUACUCUUGCGUCAUAUGAGAUUGCAUACAAAUUCGAGGCCUUAUAGUUGUAAUCAAUGUGACAAAAAGUAUUCUAGACCGGAUCAGUUGAGAGAACAUUUGAAGAAGCAUGAUGGCGUCAAGCCAUACAUGUGCCCUUAUUGUAACAAAGGUUUCACCCAACUGUGCAACCUGAAGGACCACACAUACACACAUACUGGGGAGACCCCGUACCUGUGCUCGGAGUGCGGCAAGGGCUUCAACAACAGCUCCAACCUGCGCCAGCACAUCAUGAGGCAUACUGGGGUCAAGCCGUUCACUUGUAGCUUGUGUCCUAAGAAGUUUACUACUAAGGGUCAGAUGACAUCCCACCUGCUCACGCACUCGGGCGCGCACCCGCACAAGUGCACGCACUGCGGCGCCGCCUUCACCAAGCCGCAGUCGCUGAAGAAGCACGAGCUCAUCCACCUCGGAGUGAAGCCGUUCCAGUGCGAUGCGUGCCCUAUGAGGUUCGGCACAAAAGACCACCUGAAGCGCCACGCGCGUGUCCACACGGGUGAGCGGCCGUACGCGUGCGCGCACUGCCCGCGCCGCUUCGCGCAGAGCAACGACCGCGCCAAGCACCUGCGCACGCACCUCGGACAGAACGUGCACCAAUGCUCAGUGUGCGAUAUGCGAUUCAGAAUCCUAAGCGACCUGAAGAAACACUAUCCAAUACACUACUUGAACGACGCAGACUUGGCCAGCCUCACUAAACUGCCAGUUGAUAUCAUCAGCCAAGACAACCUGCCACCUGUCGUGGAAAAUAAGGAGAAUAAUACGGUUCCUGAUCAUAGAAUCACUAUAACGUUUAACCCUGAAGGUGUGGAUAAGGUCACUGGUGUGGGCGGGUCUAUUACUAUUGAUAUGAAUACUGCUACUAGUUGAAGUGUGAAUGGGUUAAGUGUAGGGUGGAUUUGGUGCAGUGGUUGGGUUAUUAGAGUAGGUAGAAAAUCUGAAACGCUGUUCGAUGGAUUCACUGAUAAAAGUCCAUCCAGAGUGUUGAAUUAUGUGUUUAUUUUCGUUGCGAUGAUGUUCAGAAAAAAAGGUAUAUUUAUUUGUACUCGGGAAAAAGUAUUUUUCUCUCCGUUGAUCUGAUUUUAUUAUUAAUAAGCGGUUUUUUGUUAGAACAAUGAAAUUAUUGUUAUAAUAUUAUUUUGAACCCCAGUUAAAAUUUUGAGUUAAAAUGAAAUCUCAUCCGCUGGAUGCGGAACGUCCUAUAUAUCGAAUUUUAAGUAUUUAAGAAGUAUCUGUACGUAUAAGAAGUACCUGUGGCGACUAUGUUUGAGUCUCAUUAUAUUCAAAGCUAAAGAAAUAUUUAUUUAAGGCAAUAAGGUAAUUAUAAUGACUAAAUCUUUAUGUACAGUUGCUUAUGCAAUAAUCAGUUUCCUAAUAAUAAUGAUAAAUCCCUCUUUAUCUUGCAUAUCAUAGAAUAGUAUUUAUUUGCAAAUCACUAUGUGUGAGUUUGAUCAUGAAUUUUCACAGUAAGAAUGCCUGCUGAUGAUUUAUUAUGCAAUUUUAAAUAAUAAUUCAGUGGUGAUGUUUCAAAAUAAUUGUGAUUGAAAAUUAGCUAUGCCACGCCUUCUAAGAAACAUAUAAUAUCAUCUGGCUGAUUAUAUUAUUUAAGAACUAGACUAUACGAGAAAAACAUAUAAUUUAUAAGUUGCUUCUAUAAUAUUAGCUUAUGACAUGGGGCCUUCUCUAAAUGUAGUGUUGAGUAAAGUACUGGUAAAGUAUUAUUAAAUUAGAUAGCUGUAGGAAUAAAAUAUUAAGUAGGUAAUACAGACGGCUAAAAUAUGAAUUUUGAUUGUAGAACAUGUAUAUUAUAAUGAUUUAUGUGAUAUCUGACAAAUCAAAUAUUUUAAACAUCAAUUACAUGACUGUGUGAACAUGCUUUAAAAAAACGAUCUAGUAUUACGGAUUGGAUAGCACAGAGGUUAUGUUUAUGCAGCGCUGUGCUGCCUGUUGGGCCCAUUCACCGGGUUCCAUGCCCGGCCGGGGCAGGUAUGGAAACACCUAAACAGCUUGAAAAGAGGUCAGUGAAUCGAAGUAACGUCUUUUAUAAGAAAAUUAUUCAUCUUGUUCUUUAUGUUUUGUUUCUCUAAUAAGAAAAUGUGAUUUAUUUAUCUCCUAAAAAUCGCGUAAGGUACAAACAUAUUAGAAGAAAUAGGGAAACUUUUAGUAGAAAUCGGGACUAGAUAUUUAGGUAGAGUUGCAUUUAGUUGAGGUACAAACAUUUUAGUAGAAAUAUAUAGGUAGAUAGACAUUUAAGCAAGUUAUGUGUUAUUUAUUGUAUAUUUUAAAAUGUAAUAAAUCAUUUAUCAUAAUAUAAAUGAUUGAUUUCAAGAAA